AUGCAGCUCCUGCUAGGAAACGGGCUCCCUUCCCUUUGGGAAGCGGCUUCCCUGCAGACCCUCCUCCUCUUCUCUGCUGUUCUCCUGAUCCUGGCAAGUUAUGUGCAGAAGAAGAGGCAGCGCCCUAACUAUCCCCCGGGCCCUUCUUGGCUGUCCAAGUUUAGCCACUUCCUCCAAAUGGACAUUAAAAAGCCCCAUAUCACCGUCCAGGAGUCUGUCAGGAAAUAUGGAAACAUUUUCUUUGUGGAACUGUUCGGUAUUCCUAUGAUAUUUGUAACUGGAUUGCCACUGAUAAAAGAAGUCCUAGUUAACCAAGGCCAUGUGUUUGUUGAUCGCCCCCGAACUCCUUUGCAGUCUUACAUAUUUAAAUCACAUGGCUUAAUCAUGUCUAAUGGUCAAGAGUGGAAAGAUCAAAGAAGAUUUACCUUAAUGACCCUAAGGAAUUUUGGCUUGGGAAAGAAGACCCUCGAACUUAGGAUCCAGGAAGAGGCCACAUACCUUACUGAGGCUAUUAGAGAAGAAAAAGGGCAGCCCUUUGACCCCCACUUUCAGAUCAACAAUGCUGUUUCCAAUAUCAUCUGUUCUGUGACUUUUGGAAAUCGUUUUGAAUAUCAUGAUUCUCAGUUUCGGGAGCUGCUGAAAAGCUUGGAUCAAGCCACUGUGCUUCAAGCCAGUUGGGAGUGUCAGUUCGUUGAAAUGUUUCCUCGGAUAAUGAAACUCUUGCCAGGAGCUCACAAAAAGCUCUUAAGAGAAUGGAAGAAACUAGAGUCUUUUGUAGCCCAUGUGAUCAAACAACACAAGGAAGAUCAGAAUUCAGAGGAAGCCCAGGACUUCAUUGAUGCUUACCUGAAGGAGCUGUCCAAGGAUAACACCAGCACUAGUUUUAAUGAAGACAAUUUAGUCGCCUGCACCCUGGACCUCUUCUUUGCUGGAACAGAGACAACUUCAACCACUCUGCGGUGGGCUCUGCUGUAUAUGGCCCUUUACCCAGAGAUCCAAGAUCUGACCGCCUUGCACAGGGACCCCAAGGAGUGGGCCACCCCAGAAACCUUCAACCCAGAACAUUUUCUGGAGAAUGGUCAAUUUAAGAAAAGAGAAUCCUUUCUGCCUUUCUCAGCAGGGAAGAGGGUCUGCCUGGGAGAACAGCUGGCUCGCGCCGAGCUCUUCAUUUUCUUCACUUGCCUGCUUCAGAGAUUCACAUUCAAGGCUCCCCCAGACACCCAGCUAAGCCAAGAUUUCCGAGCUGGCGUCACCCUCUCUCCUGUCCCCUACAAAAUUUGUGCCCAUCCUCAAGAGGCACAGCCCAAGCUUGACCUGUAG